CACAGCUGCCGUCUAUGGACGGUUUGCUGUCCCGUGACCUCAUAGACGGGCUGGUCACCAGUCUACUGAUGACUCCUUCAACCUGCGCGUCUGACAUGAUUCAGAUACUGCCGGAGGCAUGGGUCGUCACCUUGGUGUAACAUUUUUCACUCCUUAUUGUUGGAAAGAUCAUCGGCACCGGUAUAUUCUCAACUCCAUCCUCCAUCCUCUCCGGCGUGGGCUCAGUCGACGCUUCCCUCAUGCUUUGGUUCGGCACCGUGUUCCCCCAAAGUGGCGGGGAGAAUGUAUACCUUGAGGCCGUCUACAGAAAGCCCAAGUACCUUGCCACAAUAGUAUUUGCUGCCAACGCUAUAUUACUUGGAUUCACUGCGAGCAAUUGUAUUGUCAGUCGUGUCUUGUUUUUGCUAGCAAUCAUAUUCUUCGUAACCCUUCUACAUGGAUUGACCCCCAAGACCGGCGUACUGAUCAUGAACUUCCUCUCGAUAUUCAAGAUCGUAAUUCUGGUAUUCGUUGUGGUCAUAGGCUGGGUAGUUCUCGGAAACGCAUUUGCGGGGAGCUCCACGAGUAGCAACGACUAUGCAACCGCUACCUUUAAAGUUCUGUAUGCAUAUGAAGGAUGGUCAAACGUGAACUACGUGAUGAACGAUAUCGCGGGUCCGCUUGGUCUUGGUAUAUGCACCAUUUUGUACUUGCUUGCAAAUGUGGCUUAUUUCUUGGCUGUAAUCAAGACGGAGAUUGAUGAGUCUGGUGUUACUGUCGCUGCUUUGUUUUUCGGGAAUGUCUUUGGUUCUGUUGCGGAGCGCGCACUAUCAGUUUUCAUUGCCCGCAGCGCUAUUGGAAAUGUUAUCACUUUGACUUUUUCGGCAGCACGAGUAAACCAAGAGCUCGCAAAGGAAGGGAUACCCUUACCAUUCGGAAACAAAUUCUGGGCUUCAAAUUGGACCACUGGGAAGUCCCCACUUCCGGUAUUGAUAAUCCACUUGAUACCCUCUGUUAUCGUCAUCAUCGCGCCUCUCCCAAACAUUGCUUACCCCUUCAUUUUGGACAUCGAAGGAUACCCACAGCAGAUUAUUAA